AUGCCCGAAAAAAUCGAAAGUGCCUUCGCCCCAGACGAUGACCAGGGAAUGUUACCAAGGGGGUGCAUAUGAAAUUCAGUUAAUUAAUACUAGUGAGGGUAAUAAUUACUUUGGAAUUCUUUCGAAGAAGUUUUAUGCCGAGAUAUAGGAUUGUACGCACUAUUUGAAAGAGUAGCUAUGGAGACUUCUUCAGAAGAUGUAGCGAUUUUCGUGGUCGGAAAUGACCAACAAGGUACAUGGAGAUUGACUGCAGAUCGACAACGUCUUGCUCGGGUUCAUCCAUACUUUCAGGCGCUACUACUCGGUCCUCUCGCAAAUUCUAAUGAUACAAUCUUGGUACCAGACGUUGAUAAGAGGGCAUUUGAUCAUAUAUUGAGGUAUCUGUUGGAUGAGAACCCCAAAUUGAUGUCCGUCAGCACCGCCAGGAAUACCUUAGAAGCUGCUCACAGAUAUGUAAUUCCUGAUCUGGUGAGGGAUUGUGUUUCCUAUCUUGAUUUACAUUUGGAUGCAGAUAAUGUGUUGGAAGUGUUUCGUGACUUACGGUUUUAUUGCAAUACGGCAAAACUUGCGGGAUAUGGAGAGCAAGUGAAACUUACAGAUUCUGAGUCUGAUCCGGCUCUUCUCAUGGGCGACCAUUGUUCUGCAUUACUUCACAACUGUUUGCUGGUAAUAGAUGAGCAUGCGGAAACCAUUCUGCAGCAGGAACGUAUCGAAGAACUCAGCUUUACAGAUCUAGAAAUAAUAACAGGUCGUCCUUGUCUUCGUUUGGCGUCUGAAACAACGCUAUUUGAUGCAAUGCACCGAUGGAGUCUUAGCGAAUGUCGAAGACGUAAGACUGAUUCAACUGCUGCCAGUAGAAGAAGAGUAUUAGGUGACGUUAGUUAUAGGGUAAGGUAUUUAUUGAUGACUGAAAAAGAAUUUAAGGAAGGGCCACAAAAAAGUGAACUUCUUGACCCUGUGGAAUGUGAGUUGGUUCUGGCAAGACUUCGCGGUGAAGCUUUACCAGAUCCACUGGAUGCUAGGCAGUGCGAUAUGUUGACUUUAUUUGCCAGCCCACGACCUCUGCCAACGUCUAGACCCGUUUAUUUAAGUGCCAGAACUCAACCCCAGACUGAUGAGCAAAUGCAGAAUGGGAAAAAUGAUAAGCUUUUAGAAAAACAUAAAAAGAAAAAGCAUAAAAAGAGAGGUAAUAAAAAUAAGAAAGAAAGAGACAGCGACGAUGAGAAAGAGGGAAGGUGUUGUUCUUGUUUUGGAGACUGCUUAUUGGAUACUGUCAUGUGUUUAUUUGAUUAA